UGAACAUUAACAUGCACAAAACAAAUCCUAAGCAAGUAAGCUAAUGAUAGACAUGAAUUCUUCAAGCUAUAUCCUUCCAGUUCUUGUUUUUUCUCUCUUGUCAUUCUCAUGGGCAACUUCAGCUCAGACCCAUGAAGAUUUUCUUGAAUGUCUUCACCUUCAAUCUCAAGACUCGACCUCCAUUUCCAGAAUCAUUUACACCCCAAUCAACUCUUCCUAUUCAUCUGUUCUACAAUUCUCCAUACAGAACCGCAGGUUCAAUACAAGUACCACUCCAAAACCUCUAGUUAUUGUUACCCCUUUGAAUGUAUCCCACGUUCAAGCUGCCAUAAUAUGUUCUAAAAGACAUGGCAUGCACAUUAGAGUUCGAAGUGGUGGCCAUGACUACGAAGGGCUGUCUUAUGUUUCUGUUCUUCCAUUCGUCAUUGUUGAUCUGAUCAAUCUUCAAUCCAUCACUGUUGAUGCAGCAAACAACACUGCAUGGGUUCAAGCUGGAGCAACUAUAGGCAAUUUAUAUUAUAGUAUUGCCGAGAGAAGCAGAACUCUAGCUUUUCCAGCAGGUGUUUGUCCUACCGUUGGUAUUGGUGGGCACUUCACCGGCGGAGGAUAUGGCAUGUUGUUGCGAAAAUAUGGGCUUGCUGCGGAUAAUAUAAUUGAUGCAGUAUUGAUUGAUGUUAAUGGUAGAGUUCUUGACAGAGCUUCAAUGGGUGAGGAUCUUUUCUGGGCAAUUCGAGGAGGUGGAGGAAAUACCUUUGGAAUCGUUAUUUCAUGGAAGAUUAACUUGGUUCCAGUUCCAGCUACUGUCACUGUAUUUACGGUGGAAAAAACCUUGGAACAAAAUGCAACUCAACUUGUCAAUAGGUGGCAAUAUAUAGCAGAUAAGCUUCAUGAAGAUCUAUUCAUUAGAGUAAUUAUAGAGAGAGUUAACUCAACCAGUCAACAAGGAAAAACAACAGUACGAGCAGCAUUUAACUCCUUGUUUCUCGGUGGAGUCGACAGGCUUCUUCCUUUGAUGCAAGAGAGCUUCCCUGAACUGGGUUUGGUGAGAGAAGAUUGCAUCGAGAUGAGCUGGAUAGAAUCCAUCCUCUACUUUGCUGGAUUUUCAAAUUCACCCUUGGAUAUUUUGCUUAACAGGACUCAGCCAUCCGUGAGGAAUUUCAAAGCAAAAUCCGAUUAUGUCAAAGAACCAAUGCCUGAAACUGCACUGGAAGGCAUAUGGGAGAGGCUCUCCGAAGUGGACGUCGGUGCAGGUCAACUGAUAUUUAGCCCGUACGGAGGAAGAAUGAGCGAGAUUUCAGAAUCCAGCAUUCCAUUUCCACACAGGGCUGGAAAUCUUUACAAGAUUCAGCACCUGGCGUAUUGGGACGAGGAAGGAAUUGUAGCAACAAGAAAGCAUAUAAGCUGGAUCAGAAGGCUCUACAGUUUCUUGGCUCCCUAUGUUUCAAAGAAUCCAAGAGCAGCAUAUAUCAACUACAGGGAUCUUGACAUUGGGAUGAACAACUUGGGCAACACAAGUUACAAGCAAGCAAGCAUUUGGGGAAUAAAGUAUUUCAAGAUUAACUUCGACAGGCUGGUGCAUGUCAAGACUACAGUUGAUCCUGCCAACUUUUUCAGGAACGAACAAAGCAUCCCGCCUCUCUCUUCUUGGUAAAAUUAGAUAUUAGAUGGAUAAUUUGAUUAGCUAAAAGAAUUGGUAAUAAGGAUGUUUGUAUUCUCUACACUGGGUCAUCCAUGCAUUUAGGGUCUGUUAAGUUGGUAUGUUUUUGUGGAAUUGGGUUAUUCCAUGCAUAAUCAAAUAAAGUUAUACUGUAAAAAAAAAAAAAACAAAAAAAAAAGUUUAACGUGCAUGUUAAAUAUAUUUACUGUGUAAAAAUAAAAAUUCAUUUUGUAACUUCUGAUAUUGCCAUUGAAUUUAUGUGUCCUUGUACUAUUUUUUAUUGGUUUGAAAAAAGAAAUUUCCUUUA